UCAUUCUGCGUACAGUGAAUAUAAUCACUUUACGUCAAAUCACCAUCAUAUGAACACAUCUUACUUAUUCCCACCAAGAAUGGUUUCAAAUUCUUCGUAUUUGAAUAAUUGCAACAUUUACUUGCAGGUCAUAAAGAAGUGUUAAUGGAAGGAAGCUGGAUGGUGGUGUGGACUUUAACCUAGACGUAACAAGUAAUGUCCAGUAAUUGAAUUGACAUUGAAGUUUGUGGAAUGCGCAUAUUCUUGGUCUUCCUAUAAAAGAAUAGUAAUAAUCAGAUUUUGUGUACAACAUGUUUUCAUCGUCAAUGAGACACGCGUCAAAGUCAUCCAAGUUCUGUAAUCAUCUGAAAAGAUUUCAGAGCACUCUGGUGAUUGCUGAACACAACAAUGAGAAACUGCUGCCAAUUACACAAAAUGCAAUAUCAGCGGCAGCAAAAGUUGGUGGAGAUAUAUCAGUUCUUGUUGUUGGCACUAAAUGUGGUUCUGUUGCAGAACAAGUAUCCAAGGCUCCUGGCUUAGCACGCAUAUUAGUGGCUGAAAAUGAAGCUUUUCAUGGUUUCCUACCAGAAAAUGUGACACCUUUGGUGCUGGCAACACAGAAGCAGUUUAAUUUUACACAUAUUUUGGCUGGAGCUAGUGCUCUUAGCAAAUCGCUUUUGCCUCGUAUUGCAGCCAAGCUAGAUGUGUCCCCUGUUUCAGAUAUUAUAGGCAUAAAGAGUCCAGAUACAUUUGUUAGAACAAUUUAUGCAGGUAAUGCAAUUUUAACUUUAAAAUCAAAAGAUCCUGUUAAAGUACUUACUGUGCGUGGAACAAGCUUUGAACCAGUACUGUUGGAAGGGGGCACCACCAAGACUGAGAUGGCACCGGCAGGAGAGUAUAAGACAGGCUUGUCUCAAUUCUUAAGCCAGGAGUUAAGUAAGAAUGACAGACCAGAACUUACUGGUGCCAAAGUUGUUGUCAGUGGAGGACGUGGCAUGAAGUCUGGUGAUAACUUCAAGUUGCUGUAUGACCUUGCAGACAAACUGAAUGCAGCAGUGGGUGCAUCUCGAGCAGCGGUGGAUGCGGGAUUUGUCCCUAAUGACUUACAAGUGGGUCAGACGGGGAAAAUUGUAGCUCCGGAAUUAUAUAUAGCAGUAGGCAUUUCUGGUGCCAUCCAGCAUCUUGCAGGGAUGAAGGACUCGAAGACGAUCGUGGCCAUCAAUAAGGACCCCGAGGCACCUAUUUUCCAGGUCGCCGACUACGGGUUAGUACAAGACUUGUUCAAGGCAGUACCGGAGCUCACAGGAAAGCUUUAAGGGGCACAACAUGCACACAACAAUGCGAAAUAAGCUUCUUAUAUUUUGUGAUCAUUCAUACAGUUGUUAUAAAUAAAACAAAUAAGAAAAAUGAAUUUAUACAUAUAUUAUUUCGGUAAAAUGGCUUACACUCACUCAAAUUGUACAGCUUAAAUAAAUUUGUACAUUUUUUUUGUUAUUCAUUA